AUACCUUCUUUCCCCUACACACUUCAAAACCCUAACUACAUCAUAAACAUACAUUUCCCAACUCUAACACAAUGCUCUCCCAAUGCCAAAGCCAUCGGUCCUCGGCCCGCAACGCCGCACCAACCCGCUCAUCUGGUGCCUCGCCUUCAUCUGCGCCCUCGUGGCCACGAUCAUCAUCGUGGCCGGAAUCGUGGUUUUCAUCGGAUACCUAGCAAUCCGCCCCAAAGUCCCACUUCUCUAUGUCCACGCCGCCCGCCUGGACAAACUUUCCUACAACCAGGCGGGCGUUCUCGCGGUACGUUUAAUAAUCAUCAUGAAAGCCGAAAACCAUAACAUGAAAGCACAUGUUAGUUUCUACGACACAAAGCUUUUACUCGGGUACCAUGGGCUCAGCAUCGCGAAACUGGUGGCGGAUCCGUUCGAUGUGCUGAAGAACAUGUCCAGGGAGUUGUACUACGUGGUUGAAUCGUCUCCGAUCCCGUUGGAACCGCCGGAACAGUACUUGACCGAGCAAAGUUUGGCGAAAACUAAAGUGAUGCCGUUUUUCUUGAAAGGGAACUCGAGGACCAGAUGGAGAGUUGGGCCACUAGGAUCCGUGAAGUUUUGGUUGCAUGUUAAUUGUCAUCUACAGUUGCCGAUUGAUAAUACUGCUGUGUAUCCACAUUGCAGCACCAAAUCACAUUGACAAAGAUGAGGGAUGAUAAUACACGUAUACAAUAUGAUCUUGAGUUGUGAAGAUGGGUGGUGUGUUUUUGUAUAAAUAUUAGUUCAUAUAAAGAUAUAUUUGUAAGUUCAAUGCAUGCAAUAAAUAAUGUAAUGUGUACUUUGGCUCAAGGUGGUGUUUAAUUGGUAAAACAUCCACAAUGGGUAAGUAGGCCUCUAAGUAAGCCUAUUAAAGAGAGAUGUUGAUGUGAAAGAGAGAGUGAUUAGUCUCUAGUCAUGGAUUGUUAUUUGGA